AUGGCGGAGAAAGUAUCGGAGGAUGUGAUGCUGUUACACGGUGACCUCGAUUUGAAAAUUGUUCAGGCGAGGAGAUUACCUAACAUGGAUAUGUUCUCAGAGCAUAUGCGCCGUUGCUUCACGGCUUGUAACGCCUGUACCACACCGAUAGAUGAUCACGAUCCCAGAGACAGAGACGGUGGAGGCCAAUCCGGUGAUAGGAACAUCCGUGGCCACCGGAGGGUUAUCACCAGCGAUCCGUACGUCACCGUCGUCGUCCCUCAGGCGACGCUUGCCCGGACUCGCGUUUUGAAAAACGCCCAGGAUCCUCUCUGGGACGAGCAUUUCAACAUCUCCGUGGCGCAUCCGCUGGCUUACCUCGAGUUCCAGGUCAAGGACGACGACGUCUUCGGCGCGCAGAUCAUCGGGACAGCUAAGAUCCCGGCUCGGGAUGUCGCAUCCGGCGAACGCAUUUCCGGUUGGUUCCCGGUACUCGGCGCAUCGGGAAAACCGCCGAAAAAGGAAACAGCUCUUUACAUCGAUAUGAAAUUCACUCCGUUCGAUCAGAUCCAAUCCUAUCGAACUGGGAUCCCCGGAGAUCCGGAGCGUAAAGGUGUUAAAAAGACUUAUUUCCCUGUGAGGAAAGGAAGUCAGGUGAGGCUUUACCAGGACGCUCACGUAAUGGACGGAAUGCUGCCGGAGAUUGCGUUGGACAAUGGGGAGGUUUACCAGCACGGGAAGUGCUGGGAAGAUAUAUGCUAUGCCGUUUCCGAGGCUCACCAUAUGAUUUACAUUGUUGGCUGGUCUGUCUUCCACAAGGUGAAGCUGGUUAGGGAACCAACAAGGAAAUUACCAAGAGGUGGUGAUUUGACGCUUGGUGAAUUGCUGAAAUACAAAUCGGAGGAAGGUGUUCGAGUUUUGCUUCUUGUGUGGGACGAUAAGACUUCUCAUGAUAAGUUUGGGAUAAGCACGGCUGGAGUUAUGGGGACACAUGAUGAAGAGACUAGGAAGUUUUUCAAGCAUUCUUCUGUGAUAUGCGUAUUGUCACCUCGCUAUGCCAGCAGUAAGCUUGGGUUGUUCAAACAACAGGUUGUUGGCACUCUCUUCACCCACCAUCAGAAGUGUGUUCUUGUAGACACUCAGGCUGUUGGUAAUAACCGGAAGGUCACAGCUUUUAUUGGAGGUAUCGAUCUUUGUGACGGCCGCUAUGACACACCUGAGCACCGGAUAUUAAACGACCUCGAAACUGUAUUCAAGGAUGAUUUUCACAAUCCUACAUUUCCGGCUGGUACCAAGGCUCCAAGACAACCUUGGCACGAUUUGCACUGUAGGAUUGAUGGGCCUGCGGCGUAUGAUGUUCUCAUAAACUUUGAGCAGAGGUGGAGAAAGGCAACACGAUGGAAAGAGUUUAGCUUACGUUUGAAGGGGAAAACUCACUGGCAAGAUGAUGCUUUGAUCCGGAUAGGACGUAUCUCAUGGAUUCUAAGCCCAGUGUUUAAAUAUCUGAAGGAUGGUACUUCAAUUGUUCCAGAGGACGAUCCAAUUGUUUAUGUUUCCAAAGAGGAUGAUCCUGAGAACUGGCAUUGUCAGGUUUUCCGUUCUAUCGACUCAGGAUCCGUGAAAGGAUUUCCAAAAUAUGAAGAUGAGGCUAAGGCCCAGCAUAUGGAGUGUGCCAAGCGUCUUGUAGUAGAUAAAAGCAUCCAGACUGCAUACAUCCAGACAAUCAGAUCGGCUCAGCAUUUCAUAUAUAUCGAGAAUCAGUAUUUCCUUGGUUCUUCUUAUGCCUGGCCUUCUUAUAAAUACGCAGGAGCUGACAAUCUUAUUCCAAUGGAGUUGGCACUUAAGAUUGUUAGUAAAAUCAGAGCUAAAGAAAGAUUUGCUGUAUAUGUCGUCAUACCAUUGUGGCCUGAAGGCGACCCAAAGUCCGGACCUGUGCAAGAAAUUCUAUAUUGGCAGAGCCAAACUAUGCAGAUGAUGUAUGAUGUUAUAGCACGAGAACUGAAGUCGGUGCAGUCAGAUGCUCAUCCUCAAGACUACCUUAACUUUUAUUGCCUUGGUAAACGAGAGAAACUUCCAGAUGUAUAUAUGCCAGCCACCAAUGGCACUGUGGUAUCGGAUUCUUAUAAGUUCCAGCGGUUCAUGAUUUACGUGCACGCAAAGGGGAUGAUAGUAGAUGAUGAGUAUGUUCUCAUGGGAUCUGCUAAUAUCAACCAAAGAUCAAUGGCUGGCACGAAAGAUACCGAAAUAGCCAUGGGCGCAUAUCAACCCCAUUAUACAUGGGCUGACAAGGGAAAACACCCACGUGGCCAGGUGUAUGGAUACAGAAUGUCACUAUGGGCAGAGCAUUUAGGGAAAACUGGAGAUGAGUUUAUGGAGCCAGGAGAUUUAGAAUGCGUGAAGAACGUGAACGAGAUCUCUGAAGGAAACUGGAAAAAGUUCAUAGACUCGGAGUUCUCGGAGCUACAAGGUCACUUGAUAAAGUAUCCUCUACAAGUAGACGUUGAUGGUAAAGUGAGCUCGCUUCCUGAUUACGACAGUUUCCCAGAUGUUGGUGGCAAGAUCAUUGGAGCUCAUUCCAUGGCUCUCCCUGAUACUUUAACCACGUAA